AUGUCGAAUUCGGACCUGACGGCUCCAGGGAGCAGCACCUAUGCCUCCAAUACACUGCAUGUUGGGGACGGCACAUGGGACUCAGGCCGCGAUACAUUCCUCCUGCCAAAUCUCAUGGGAGUGAACUUUGAGACUAUGCAAUACAACGGUGGGUUCAAUCGUGGAUUCUGGAAUGGCCAGGUUUUGCUCACAUUCAUAUUAGGCAUGGGGAACCGGUUCCGAGAUAUGCCCCAUUAUCGUACCAUGAUAAUCGCCCAUGGUGUCAUUGCAACAAUCGUAUUCCUCGGCUUGGUCCCAAUCUCAGUUCUCCUUAUACGAUACUACUCUCGAUGGAACCCAUUCUGGGCGUUCAAGCUGCAUGUUUGGUGCCAAGUCCUUACACUGCUGCUGAGCACUGUUGUGUUUGUCCUCGGAUGGUUUGCUGUCGGACCAGAGAGAAGCCUGACAAAUCCUCAUCAUGGAAUUGGACUUGCUAUCUACGUCAUCGUUGUUUUCCAAGUCCUUUGGGGUUAUUUCGUGCACAGAAUCGAAAGCAGGAGAAAAAGAUACCGUAUUCCACUUAAAUUGGUCAUCCACCGAUGGCUGGGCCGUGCCCUUGCUAUUCUAGGUAUCGUGCAAAUCCCUCUGGGAUUGACACUCUAUGGCUCACCAAAAGUACUCUUCAUAUUAUUCUCUAUCGCUGCAUUCGCACUCCUCGCAACGUUCUUCGUCCUAUCAUACUUGUAUGACUCCGAAGGAGCCCCAGCUGCAGGUGAAUACGACGCUGGGCAUAGCUACGUCUCGGGACCAUCAGCUGUCGAGGAUAGGCGCCAUGGCAGCUUUGGCCGCAUGGCUGCAGCAGGCGCAGCUGGGGCGGGUCUGGCUGAGCUCUUCCGACGUCGCUCACGCCCAAAACACCGUCCCGAAGACUCACACGUAUCCUAUUCAGAAGAUAAAUACUCCGAUGCAGAACCGCGUCGCGAGGGUUGGGGAAAUAAAUUUCUCAAACUUGGAGCCAUUGGUGGAGGCGCGCUUCUCGCCAAACGAUUGUUCGACAGAAGACGCGACCGAGAAAGCGACGCCGAAUCGGGGCGGUAUAGCCGGGCGCAUACCCGAAGUGAUAGCAUGACUGAGGCAACUAUGAGCAGGUUAGAAGACGGACGACGACCGGAGCCCACUUACCAGACUCCCCUCAAUCGGCCACCGAGCAGACCUCCGGGCGGACCCGCGAGCAGACCUCAAAGUCCAGGGUCUUCUUAUCUUUACAACACAACAUAUAUGACGGACCAUGAGCCGGAGCCUUCUCAUAAGGCGCGCAAUGCCUUAUUUGGAGUUGGAGCGUUCGCAGCUCUCAAGGGCCUCUUCAACCGUCGUAAGAGAGAUAACGAGCAACGCCGCGUAGAGGACAUGCGGCGUCAUGACAUCGAGGAAGAGAGAAUUGCCAGAGCAAACAGCAAACGCCGGCACACUGGAGAUGGCUUUUACCCCCGAAAGCACAGAAGAGCAGAUUCCUUCACCGCUACCGAUCUCUCAUCGACGGACAUGACACGCCCACCGCGUGGUCCUUCGCAUGGUGAGUCUGCUAUAUCAGUCGGACCCUCGGUUCCUCCUCCUGUGGACGGGGCACACUCUGAUAUGCCGCCUGCUCCACCAAUUCACCCAGGACCGGUCUCAGAUCUGCCAGCCCCGACCCGAUCUCGGCAUGAACUGUCCGAACCAGGCUCAGCUUUGGUGGCCGGAGCAGCCAUGGAUGGCGCAUCCAGCCAUCGUCGCCACCGCAGCACUAGCAGACGCCGGGACGACAAUGUCGAGUCCCCACCGGUGUCAGUGAAAGUGAAGAUGCACAACGAUGGUCGACAUGUCACGCUGAGGAGAUUGACCGAGGAAGAAGUCGCCGCUAGUCGCGAAGCAAGACGACGAGAAAGACGGAAUUCGCGUCGACGCGCGGGAAGUGCAAGUUCUUUAUCGGGCAACGAGGGAAGUUACGAUCGAUGGCGCCGCGUGGAAGAGUUGGAACGUCAACAGCAAGAACAAAUUCAACGAGAGCAGCAGGCUGCUGCUGCUGCCGCCGCCGCUGGCAACUCUGGCGUUCCACCUGGGACCGUGCCGCCAGCGUCGUUUGUACCACCUUCAAUGAGCCACGUCCCUGGGCCACCACCUGCACCCUCCAGCUUACCGUACGGGGCGGGUAGCAUUACCUCUCCUGGCACAUUUACCGGCACCGAUGCCAGCGGAGACUAUGCGAACAACCGGCGGCGAAGACGAGCGGAGAGGGCUCGUGCUCGACAAGAGCGACAGCAAAGUAGUGUCGACUUUACAUAA